AUGAUCGACGCGCCAGCAUUCACUGGUAGAGCACUCCGCGUUGUGCUCGCCGACGCGAAGCCCGACGUCAUUACCUCGUUCAAAAAAGCCUUUUCCUCAGACACAUACCCAAACAUUGUCGCAACGGCAUCCACACCGCAAGAGCUCGAAAAGGUGCUCUCAUCCACGCGCUGCGACGCCGUCCUUUUAGACAUGGACACGUUUGGCGAGGCGGCUGUGCUGGAGGGCAUAAAAGCCAGCCCCGCGGCGGCGCCGCCCGUCAUCUACCUUUCCCACAACCCAGACUCGGAUACGCUCGAGAAUAUUGUGCUACGAAAGACGGCAGCAGGGGUCGUCAAGAAAGAUGACAAGACUGAAGACCUCGUCUUCGCGAUCGAGGCGGUUUUGGAAGGCCCCGUGCUUAGCGACGAGACGUCGGCGGUAAACCCCAACCGGCUGACGCCUCGCGAAAGAGAAAUUUUAAAAUAUCUUUUAGAGGCCAUGACGACGAGCGAGAUUGCGUCGGAGCUGCAUCGCAGCCUAAAGACAAUCUCGGCAUUGAAGCAAAGCGGCUGCGAAAAGCUGGGUGUGCAGAGCAUUGCAGGACUAUUCAAGCUCAAAGAUCGCAUCAUUUAA